AUGUCAGACGCGGAGCUGCACGUCAAGAGGAGAAGAGUAGCGAGGGGGGGUGCAGAGCGGGAUGGCGCAACUGCGCUAGACAUUUCGGAGGGAGAUCACAUUGCGUUGGCGGACGAAGGGGAAGGCAACCACAGCAGCGCCGCGCACAGUAGCACCCCGCACAGUAGCGCCGCGCACAGUGAUGAUAGCUCCCAGAAGGGCAGAGGUCAGGGGAGACACUACCUAAUUGAGCACCUGCCAGAUAAGAGCAAACUUCUAAGCGAAGUGGCGGCACUGGAGGAGAACAAGCUGUAUGUGAAGAACAUCACGGAAGAGAUUAGCAAAAAAGAUUUAAUAAAUUUCUUUUGUAAUGCAAAUGGAUUCGUAGACGCAAGGAUGGUGAGGGACUCCUCAGGGAAGUCUAAACAUUUCGCCUACGUCGAAUUUGAUAGCAAAGAAAAUGCAGCAAGUUUUUUUGGUACCCUAAAGGAUAGCAACGUGGCAAAGUACAAGACCUUCAAAGUUAGAGAUGUGCAUUUGUAUGUGGCCAUUUGUAACUCUACCAAAGUUAUGUAUGAGGAGAGGAAGGUUUUUAUUAAGUUUUCCGAUUGCCAGGCGGACGUAGACGACGUGGUGGUUAAGAAGGCCGUUUCGGACUUCCUGGCGAGCCACGCGGUGCCCGUGGAGGAGAUCCGCCUGCUCGGAGGCAGCCCCCCCACGCACGGCUACCUCCAACUGCGCAACAACGAAGACGUGGUGAAGUGCGUGGAGACCCUCAAGGAAGGGGCCCUCGCCGACGCGCACUUCACCCUGCACUACAGCAUCCCCAUAAUCAAAAAAAAAAUCAUCCCGGACGUCGAAAAGGUCAAGGCGAGCAAAGAAAAAAAGAAGAAGCUCCAGGAGGAAAAAAAAAAAGAGGAAAACAACUGCACCAUUGUUGUGAAGAAUUUGCACUACAACACGAGGGUAUUUAAAUUAAAAAAAUUAUUCGAGCAGAUUGGCGAAAUAGAAAAGAUCCAUCUGAGCAAGAAGGUCUCCGAGCAUAACAUCAAACGGAACAGAGGCUACGCUUUUGUUACAUUUAAAAAUGUCAACGACGCCACGUCUGCGCUGAUUCUUAACGAUUCUAUUAUCGAUGGGAGAAGCAUUUUGGUGUCUAAAUUUUUGGAGGACGAUGGUAGGGGCAGGCACAGAGAGGGCGGCAGCCACGUGGGGGGGCAGCCCCAUGGGGAGCACACCGCGGGGGAGCAGCCCACGCAAGGGGGAAAGCACAACCACAGGAGGGGUAACUAUCACCACGCGAGGAGCAGCCACCCCCAGGAGAGAAGAAGAAUCAAUUUGAACGGCCCAGCCGAGCCAAACGCAGCAGUGGAAAAGAGAGCCGACGAAACGGAGGGGGGACCCACUCCACUAACGAACGAUGAUUUUAGGAAAUUUUUUUUUAAAUAA